AUAUUAUGGAAGCAGAGGUUUGCAUAAGUUUGCAACGUGGCAAAGGAGCGUCCCUCCCUUCCCAAAGAUAUUGGGAUGGCAGCAGCAGUGACAGUGAGAUGGACAUCGCCGUUUGUGGGUCGCAGGGAGAGGGAGACGCCGCCAUUCAUCGUCAAGAAGGAGAAGCCAACUGCAGUUGCAUCUAGAAUCAACGCGCUGUUUUGGGGAUCUGGGAAUGCGAAUAAUGGGAAUAGAAACUCCAUCUCAUUCUCAACAACACACCAACACCAAUUCACUUUCACUUUGAAUUCAACUUCAACAAAUUCCAAAGUGAUAACAGUUUCAUUUGUUUCUUCAAUCUCUGAGGUUCCGGCCACACAAUGGGAUGCUUGUGCUCUCGAUGCUACUGGUCCUGAAAAGUUCAAUCCAUUCCUCUCCCAUGCUUUCUUCUCAACCUUAGAGGAUUCUGGUUGUGCAGUCAAGGAAACUGGUUGGAAGCCACACCACAUCGUUGCUAAGGAUGAAACCAACAACAUCCUCGCUGUUGUCCCACUCUACCUUAAAACCCAUUCUUAUGGUGAAUUUGUUUUUGAUCAUUCUUGGGCUAAUGCAUACUAUUCUUAUGGUUCUGCUUAUUACCCAAAGUUACAAUCUUGUGUACCCUUCACACCUGUAACCGGUCCAAGGAUCUUACUUCGCAACACCUCUUUCAAAGAUCAUGUUUUUGAUAUCAUAGUCUCUGCGAUGAAAGAUCUCACUGCCAAGUCUCAGCUUUCAUCACUACAUGUUACUUUUCCCUCUGAAACUGAGUGGCACAAAUUCGCUCAAAAAGGUUUCCUGCCCAGGAUUGGAAUGCAGUACCACUGGAAAAACCGUAACUACAAAAAUUUUGAUGAGUUCCUGAUGGACAUGAAGCAAAGUAAAAGAAAAAAUAUACGUCAAGAGCGCAAAAAGAUUGGAGAGCAGAACUUGAUUAUGAAACGGCUCCGGGGUUAUGAAAUAAAGGCAAGGCACUGGGAUUCCUUCUACAGUUUUUACAGGAACACAACUGAUAACAAAUGGGGUACUCCUUACCUGACAAGGGAUUUUUUUCAUGAGAUGGGGUCAAAAAUGGGAGAUCAGGUACUGCUUGUUGUUGCUCAAGAAGAUGAUGAACUUGUUGCAGGUGCCCUAAAUCUUAUUGGAGGAGAUACUUUGUUUGGACGCCUAUGGGGUUGUCGGCCACAAACCUACUAUCCAAGUUUGCAUUUUGAAGCAUGUUAUUACCAGGCAAUUGAAGCAGCUAUUGAACUCAACCUUAAAACAGUAGAAGCUGGAGCUCAGGGUGAACAUAAGAUUCAGCGUGGAUAUCUUCCUGUGACAACAUAUAGCUGCCAUUACCUUAUUGAUGACGAAUUUAGGAAUGCUAUCGAAGAUUUUUUGCUUCGUGAAUCUUCUCAGAUGAAGCUUGUUAUGAAACUCUUGCGUGAUUCUGGUCCCUUUAAGGAGGGUGUCGUGUUCUGACCCAAAAAGAGGAGGGUGCCCUGUAGAAAAUAAACAGUGCCAUGGUUUUAAUUUUUGCUUGUAAAUAUAUAUGGUUUUAUUUUGUAAUUAUCAAUAAUUCCUAGUAAUGUAUGUACUAGUUGCAUAGUAAAUCAAAAGCUAAAGAUAUAUACUAUCAAAAUAAGGUAAUUGCUAACUAAUAUUCUUACGAGACUAGUUAUUAGAGCAUAGUUAUGACCUUAUAAUGUUAAAAUUGUGUAUGCGUCUAUUUUAUA